AUGUCUAAUCAAAUAAGCAUCAAUAUUGAUUUGCACGCAAUUUUCGAGAGCUUGGAUAGGAAUGGCGACGGUCGAGUUAGCAUUGAUGAGUUUCUCCACACCAUGGAGGGCAUCGGUUUGUGCCCUAGCCGUGAUGGGCUCGAGUCUCUCAUGAGCAAAAUGAGUCUUGACUUUGUGGACUUUGUUUUCUUCUAUGAGAGCCUCGUGAAGGAGGACUUAGUCGAGAACAACCAAAUUCGAGAAAUGUGUGACCUAGCUCAAGCUUUUAAGGUUUUUGAUGCCAAUGGCGAUGGUUUCAUCACGUCGGAGGAGUUGGGGCUGGUGUUAUCCAAGCUUGGGAUGUGGAACGAGCAUUUCGGGGGAGAUUGUAAUAGCAUGAUUAACAUGUAUGAUUUGAACGUGGAUGGGAUGCUUGAUUUUGAGGAGUUCAAAAAUAUGAUGUCGCUUUCUAAUGCGAAAUAG